AGGAAGGAAGGAAGGAAAGAAGAGAAAAGAAGAGAAGAGGAGGAAGGAAGGAAAGAAGGAAGGAAGGAGAGAGAGAGAGAAAGAGAGGAGGGAUCCGGAGAGGAAGAAGAAAAGACGCAGGGCAGAAAGAAGAGAGAGGACCACACUCGCCGAGCAGCAUCCACAGGCCAGACUGGGGACAGUGCUGCUUCCACCGCUCCUCGGAUGGUGACGGGGCCUCGCCGCGGACGCAGUCCCCCUGAGCCCCGGCUCUGCAGGCCCUCACUGCCGGAGCCCCGCAGGAAUCAUGCCCAGGUCCUUCCUGGUUAAGAAGGUCAAACUUGACACAUUCUCUUCGGCAGACCUCGACAGCUCCUACGGGCGCGCCCGCAGCGAUCUCGGAGUGCGACUGCAAGAUAAAGGAUACCUCAGUGACUACGUGGGGCCUGCGUCGGUCUACGAUGGCGACGCUGAGGCGGCAUUGCUCAAAGGGCCAUCCCCGGAGCCUAUGUAUGCUGCGGCUGUGCGGGGAGAGCUGGGUCCCGCGGCCUCUGGCUCAGCACCGCCGCCCACCCCUCGCCCAGAGCUGGCUACUGCUGCUGGCGGCUACAUCAACGGCGACGCGGCGGUCAGCGAAGGCUACGCGGCCGACGCCUUCUUCAUCACUGACGGGCGCUCACGCCGUAAGGCUGCUAAUGCCAACGCUGCCUCGGCCCCCUCGACAGCCUCGGUGGCAGCCCCCGACAGCGACGCUGGAGGUGGGGGCGGGCCGGGCACGCGAGGCUCUGGAUCAGGGUCCGCUAGUCGGGGUGGUACGCGCGUGGGGGCGGGCACCGAGGCGCGUGCGGGGCCGGGAGCCACGGGCGCUGGUGGCCGGCACGCGUGCGGAGAGUGUGGCAAAACUUACGCCACGUCGUCGAACCUGAGCCGCCACAAGCAAACGCACCGCAGCUUGGACAGCCAGCUGGCAAGGCGUUGCCCAACGUGUGGCAAGGUGUACGUGUCCAUGCCGGCCAUGGCUAUGCACCUGCUCACGCACGACCUGCGCCACAAGUGCGGCGUGUGCGGCAAAGCCUUCUCCCGGCCCUGGCUGCUGCAGGGCCAUAUGCGCUCGCACACGGGCGAGAAACCCUUCGGCUGUGCGCACUGCGGCAAGGCCUUCGCAGACCGCUCCAACCUGCGCGCACACAUGCAGACGCACUCCGCCUUCAAGCACUUCCAGUGCAAGCGCUGCAAGAAGAGCUUCGCGCUCAAGUCUUAUCUCAACAAGCACUACGAGUCAGCCUGCUUCAAGGGCGGCGCCAGCGGCCCCGCAACCCCUGCGCCGCCGCAGCUCAGCCCGGUUCAAGCCUAGGGCAGCGGGGCCUCCGCCAGCCAGGUCGGCUCUCAGCAAUACGGGCCCCCAGGGAAGUCUCCGCUGGCGUCCGGGCGGAGGGGCUGGAGGGCAGGCCCCUCCUCACAGCAAUAGGGGCAGGGAGCCGGCCCCACCCCGCCCCGCUCGCCAGGAGCCUUGCCAGCCCCUUCAAGCAAUAGGGUCCCGAGGGGAGACCCAUCCCGAAAACCCUCCCCUCUCCUCCAGGGUGCCCCAGGCUUUCUCCCAGCAAUAGGGUCGACCAGACCCAGAACCGAACCUCAUCUCUUAGUUGGGUCUCUGAAGACAGGGGUGAGGUGAGGUAAGGAGCGCCCUCCUCCCUCCUCUGCGCCUCUGGAUCGCGUUGCAGAGACUCAGGUCUUCCCCACCCCUUC